AUGCAUCUCAUUUGGGAAAAUGUCAUUAAGAACCUUAUCUUGCUUUGGACUGGCGAAUUCAAAGGCCUGGAUGCUGGUUCCGAGGAUUAUGAGAUUGCGGAAAGUGUCUGGAAUGCUGUAUGCCAGGCAGGUCCUGAUUCCGGAUCUUUUAUACCCUCGGCAUAUGGUGCUCGACCACCUAAUCCAGCCACCGAACGGAGUAUGUGCACUGCCGACUCAUGGUCAUUUUGGAUGCAAUACCUUGGCCCUGUUCUCUUGUACCGAAAGUUCUCAAAGCCAAAGUACUAUAGGCACUUUUUGAAGCUUGUUCGCAUGGUCCGGGUUUGUCUGCAGUUUGAACUGUCAAAAACUGAUGUCAAUGAUUUGCAAACGGGGUUUGCUACUUGGGUUGAAGAAUUCGAACUGCAAUUUUCUGGAAUUUACUACCAACACAACCCGGAACGUCUCUCAACAUGCCCCAUCACCAUACAUGCACUUCUGCACAUAGCAGAUAGUAUCGAAGAGGCUGGACCAGUAUGGACUAGUUGGGCAUUUCCUAUGGAGAGAUUUUGCGGGCAGAUGCAACCAGCAAUCACUAGCAAAUGUUACCCCGAUGCAUGCAUGGCUCGUUACAUUAUCGAACAUGCCCAACUGACACAAGCAGCACUUAUUCAUGGUUUCACCGAAGCUAUCACACUGCAACCAUCUCGGUCAGGAGACAUAGCUGGCCAUUUCAAGCACAAGUCAUAUCCACGGAGAACAACCAGCGUGAUGCCACUCGAGUCGGUAAUGCUCACGCGGAUCUUCAAGGCCCUCGCUACUCGGUUUGAUGUAUCAUUGGCAAUUGUUCAUCAGCAUAUCGAAGCAGUGUCUAUUGAGCAAUGGGGCAAGGUCCAACGACUUGAUGGUGGCGACACAAUGCUUGCAGCAGGGCUUACAUCACACCAGCGUGAUUCACAAGAUGCAACAUUCGUGCGAUAUGAGAUUCUCGUGGACAAAUAUGCCCAUCGACGCAACCUACCACCCACUUACGAGAAACAAACAUUCUAUGGAUGUCUACAUCAUAUUUUUGUCGUUCUCGUUCCACAUACUCCAGCACUCAAAGUCGAUAGGCCAACAACCAUCUUCCUCGCUGCAUUGUCAACAUGCAAACUUGAACCCACCCCUUCAAGCCUGUCUUCCCUCAACAUUCACUUUUACAGCAACCUCAAUGAUACCUUAGAUAUUGUGGAUAUCGUUUGCUUGCAAUGUCUCGUCGGCCGCGUCCCUAUUGAUAUCGAUGGAGGACAGAAGUGGGCAAUCAUUGACCGAAGUGGAAAUCUUGCUCGUGCAGUUUUUGAGGAUUGA